GGCGGCAGCUCCGCGCCGAGGCGGCGGCGUCGUGGUCCCCGGGUGUAGCGGGCAGAGCGCGGUGACGCCGCGGCAGCCACCACGGAGAGGACACAGGACCCCCCCUUGGGCCCGCCAUGCCCCUUUGAGGGGGUGGCCUGGACCCCGAGACCCCCGCAAGGCCCGCCGCAGGGCUGCUUCGCCUGCAUCGCCAAGCCCCCAGCUCUCCGGCAAGCUUCGCCCGUCCUGUCUCCUUCUUCUGCCGUUUAUCUCAUGGAGAGCAAGAGCUGCAAAGGGGACAGCCUGCGGCCGGCGGUCCCGUGCAAGCACUCGGUGGAGAAAAAGACGAUGACCAACCCCACCACUGUCAUCGAAAUCUACCCCGACACCACCGAGGUGAACGACUACUAUCUCUGGUCCAUCUUCAACUUUGUAUACCUCAACUUCUGCUGCCUCGGCUUCAUCGCCUUGGCCUAUUCAUUGAAAGUCCGGGAUAAGAAACUCCUCAAUGACUUGAAUGGAGCAGUUGAAGAUGCCAAGACAGCCCGGCUUUUUAACAUCACCAGCUCAGCCCUUGCCACCUUCUGUAUCAUCCUUAUCUUCAUCUUCCUGCGAUACCCUCUCACUGACUACUGAGUGAGGCCAACAGCAGCUGCUGCCGCCAAAAUGCCUCUAUGCCAGAAGUGUCUGCAGUUUCUUGUAGCAAGGACACACAAAACAAGCCAACCACUACACCUUGAUUGCCAAAAAAAAAAAGUCAAUUAAAUACAUAAAUAAAUGUUAAAUUAGUUUAUCAGCCCAGCUGAGCAUACCUAUUUUGCCCUGAAAUGGUAUGUGAACAGCAGAAGGAAAGGGUCUCACUCUUACACAUGUACAGGAAGAAAAACAGACCAAGAAAUAUUUGUUUUAUGUCCAAGAAACUGUGUGAAAAGGGCGUGCGAAGCCCAGAGCUACACACACGUAGUGGCAGACAGCUGAGCUCUAGGAAGCAGUGGGGUCCUGUGGAGCUGGAGACACACACAGUGAAGGAUGGGGAUCAUGGCAGGACUGGCUUACAACAUAUCAGGUGUGUUCAGACCGCCCCACCACCCCCAGCUUGUGGGGGUUUCUUUUCCUUUUUUUUUCUCUUGAAUUUCAUCCACUGGUUCAAACAACUCCCGACCCCUGGAGAGCUGAAGGUGUUAGGAAGUUUCUGCUGGGGAGCCCCAAAGCCUCCAUAGAAACCCCGAAGUGUUAAAGGGCAGGUUUCUCCUUGGGAUCUCCCAGCAGUGCUGAGAAGGACGGCACCUUCUGGAGAACUCGCCUAAGCCACCUAAUCAGAGUGCUACUGUAUUUCUGUAAAGAGUCAAUAAAAAGAUACCUCUGA